UUAGAAAGCCGCCGACCUCCGUAAACGUGCAUGAACACGAUCAUUUCUUGUAAACCAAGUUGUAUAUGGUGUGAAUUUAUUCUAUAAGAAUACAGAAAAAACGGAACGAUUGCAUACUUUGUAGUAAGCUCAAGAACUAUCAUAUAUUCUCAUGUUCAAAUCUACAGUUUUUUAAAAUUGUGGACUUGAAUUAAUUAUGGGACCAAAACCAGCAGAACUUUCCAGUGAAGAUAGACGUAUUGUAAGCCAGGCCAAUACAUUACUAGAACAACUGAAUGCAGGCAGUCCUAUUGGUUGUGUUGAAGAUAUCAAUUCUCAAGUUUAUGUCACCUUGUUUGAAGGAUUAUGUGGAGAGAAGCUAAAUGGUAUUAUAAGGACUUCUGUUACCACAGAGGAUGAAAUUCACAAUGUCCAGACAGUUAUCGACACCUUGGCUGCAGAUGUCUUGCAUACAUCCCUAUUGCAUAUAAAUGGAAGAGAUGUCGUCAACUCCAAUAGAGAAUCUGUCCUUAAUCUCUUAGAAAUCUUAUCUGGACUACUUGAAUAUAUUUUUAACAAAAUUGAAAGUGAUUUAUCAACAGAUAAUGAAGAAGGUGAAGGUUUAGAUGAUGAUCCAGAUGCUUUGCAGAGAGAUAUGAUAGACAAAAUUCUGGAGAAAGAACUAAAUCGUACAUCAGACACCAUUACCAGUAGUCCUGAGAGGAGAGAUAUUAAAAAAUCUUCAGUUUAUUGGGAUGAAGAGCCUGAUGUGAGUAGAAGAUCUGCGAAGUCUGGGAGUGAAACAGAUGAUUUAAUAGCAUUAGGACAUGAGAGUCCUACAGGACUGAUAGAUACUAUUACAAGUAUAUCUAGAGGUAACGAUUCAACAAAUGAACUGAUAAGGGAGGGUGAGAAUAUUGAGAGAAGAAUGGCAACAAGAGUAACAUCAGUGGAAGAAGAUAUAGCUCGACACAGAAGAGAAUUAGGACUCAACAAAAGAGAGGAACAUCUACCUGAACCUGCUGUUAAUAGAUAUUAUCAGACUACCGUGCCACAGACAGCUUCAGAAGAAAAGGAUGAUUUAUUCAGACGAAGAUCUAGAGUUGAUACUUAUAAAACUUUAGACUCUAUGGUAGAAGAAACUGCUGCCUUAGCCAGAGCUGCAGUUGAUGCUAGUCCGUCUAGAGCUAGGUCUAUAUUACAAAGCUUAGAUAAUGAUUAUAAUCAGGCUAAACAAUUGGCUCAGAGAGCCAGAUUAGCCUCACCAGAAAUAGAGCCAGUAUCCACAAGAAGAAAUCCUUUAUUGUCAGAUAUACCAAAGGGAAUAAGUCCAACAAAAAAGCCAAGAAGUCCAGUGCGAAUGACUGAACAAGAAAUUGUUUCUGAUCCUGAUUCACCUGACAGAGGAAAAAGGAAAGUGUCUUUUAUGGUAGACAGAUCAGAUUCUAGUCCUAGUUUCACAGCCCCAAAUUGGAGAUCAGGACGUCCAAUAAAAUCAUCCUGGGAUGACUCCUCAUCAUAUACAGAACAUUCAAAGACAGCAUACAAACCACAGAAGACACGUAAAGAUUAUGGAAGUUAUCUGGACUAUGGGAGUGAUAGGGAAAAUUUGUCAUAUGAUGAUCGUUUAAAGAAGAAGUUUCAUGAAAUAAUUGAUGACGUGUUGAGUGAGGAUGAAAGGCUUCCUCCAAGAUACAAGUCCAGAUCAGAUCAACACAGAGUUAGGUCUGAGAAACUUGUUGGUAAAUCCAAAGGAACCUAUAAUGUAGUUGAUGCACAGAAAUUACUGAAGAAAGAAAGAGAAACGAGUAAAAAGAAAAUGGAUUUUUUACAGAAAAUAUACAAAGAAGAUUUAGAUGAAAUGGCUUUAGAAGCAGAUGAAGGGUUAGAUAUGGACAGAAAAGCUGCAAAACAAACAGAAAAUGAAUAUAAGAAAAAAGUCCUAAUAUCUCCUCAGAAGAAGUUAGCACCGAAGACCAAAACUGCAGGAGCAAGUAAGAAACCUGCAGCAAGUAAACAUAUGGUCAGCUCUAAAGCAAAGAAGAAAACAUCACCUGGUCUUAUACCUCCUGGCAAAAUACAAAUGCACAUUAAAGACGAUGAAGAUAUUUUACCUAUGUUGUUAACAGAAUUUCCACAUUUACACUUAUCAAUGCAUACCUGGCACGAACUUUGGAGAAAGGGUAUUCAUCAGAUAGAACAGGUUACCAGAGCAAACCAGGAAAUGAGAAGGAAGAAAAGUAAAGCAAAAACAGAUUUAGAGGAAGCUCAAAGAAGACAAGAAAUAAUGGUUAAUAUUAUGAAGAAAGAAAUUGAACAUAGCCAAAGGAUGAAAGAAAUACAAGAGAGACAGAAACAAACAGUAGCUACAAGGAAUGGUUUCCAUGAACAAAGAAUGCAGUCAGCCAGAUCUCGAAAGUAUUAUGAUGAUUAUCAAGUUAGAAUGAGGUCUAAAAUGAUGAAGAGAAGAACAAGAGAAGAAAUGAUUUUCAGAAAGUUAUUUAAAGAUGGAUUGGAAAUACAAAAAGACAGAAUUAAAGAUUUGAGGAAGUAUGCUAAGGAACAGAGAGAAAAACAAGCAACAAAACAAAGAAAUGAAGUUGAAUCACUGGAAAAUUACUACCGUGACCAGUUUGAUAUGUUAGCAGAAAAUAUAACUAGUGAAAGAAAGGAGAUAAUGGUUAGAGAUAAAGCUCAACAAAAGGUGCUUGAAGGGAUGAAGAAAGAAUUAAGGAAGAAAAUGGAAAAAGAAAUAAAAGAUUUACAAAGUCAGUUAGUAAGAGACGACGAUGACGCUUAUUUCAGACAGUUAGAUGCUGAUCGUGUUAUACAUAAUCUACAAAUGGCCAAAUAUCAUGUGACUAAUGUAUAGCCUGUCAUGUGACUAAUGUAUAACCUGUCAUGUGAUUUAUCUUAUAGCUAUCUGUGAUAUAUCAGUUAAAAUGAGUAAAAGUAACUGUCAAUCCAUAAAUCAAUAUGAAAGUAUGUUUUGACAAUAGGUCUAAUUUUCAAACAAACUAAUUUGUUUGCAAUACAUGUAUGGUUCAGUUCUGUAAUAAAUAAUUUCCUUCCUAUUGAUAAUUUACUUUGAGAACAAGAAUUUUAAGUUUUUAGAAUGACACAUCUUCAUCUGUCUUAUUAUAAUCUAUGUAAGAGAUGGUGUCUAAUGCAAAUGUGAUUUAUCUGCUUAGCAUGACUUAGUAGGCAAUCUGUAAGUGUUGGUUUUUACCAGGCCUAUUUUAAAAUGACAGUGCAGACAUGCAGAAAACUUAAGUAUGUUUUUUCAGAAUGUUGAAAUUAAGAGACUUUUCUACUUUUUGGAUUAACUUAAACUGUAGGCUGUAGGCAGUUGUCUCACUGACUCACUUAGGGACAUUCCUAGUUUUCAUUUUAAAUAUAUUGUAAUUGAUACCAAUCAUUAAAGCUUUAUUGUCUCAAUCUCUAAUUUAUUACUUAAUACGCCCCUCAAGUUGGGGAAAUAUUGAUCUACCCCUGUUUAUUUUUUCCGUUCUAUUCUUCUGUAUGUCCAUCCCACAUUGGGUACAAAGUUUGGCUAACUCGUCCUACAGUUUUCAAGCUAGAGCUUUUAUAUAAUGCAAGGUGUUAGUUCUUAUAGUAAGGUUGUGCAUAUAUCAGAAUUUUGAUUGUUGAAAUUAGUCAUUCUCAUACCCUGGAAAGAAAAGUCCAGAAGCUUAUCUCUUGAAAUUCCAUAAUGAAGUAAAAAUGCAUUUAUAAUAAUGAUUUUUAUUGUGUGAUUAAUAUAAUUUUGAAGUAAACUAAUUUAACACUGGUCCCACAUUUACUAAGAUUAAUUGUUAACCGACUUUUGCACUUGUCAUGUACAUUUUUGUAUUAUUAACAUUUUUAUCUUUUAUCUUUUGUUAUUAAACUUUGCAAAACUUCAGUUUAAUGUAAUUUGAAAGGGGGAAAAACUUUAUCCAAGCCCAUUGCAGGAGGCAUCAUCUUUUUGGUUUUUUUUCUUAUAAAGGACUCAUUUCCACAUUUUAAUUAAUCCAUGUAAAUGAUAUUCAAAAAAUAUUAUUUUUACAUCAUACAUAUUUAUAUCUUACAUUUAAAUGAUCACCAGUUGAUGUUUUGUCAUUGUUUAGUUGUUCUGUGUAAUUUAUAGUGUGUAUCAUGAUUUUCUGCGUUAUUAAUUUUAAUACACAUUUAUUUUUGUUUUCAGUAAUCAGAAAAGGAAAUGCUAUGAUUUAAAAAGCAUUUCUAGAAUUUUUGCAUUUUCUUUAAAUGUGAUUCCACUUCUUUUAAAAAAUAUUGUAAAUACAGGCAGCAUGUCUCAAAAUGCAUUGUAAUUAUAAUCAUAAAUGUUAUAAAUUGUUUGAUUGUACUUGUAAAUAUUUGAAAUAUUUAUGUUAUUUUAUAUGUUUGUUUGUAAAACAAAUCAUGAAUAAAAAUAGCGCCAGA